AUGGCAGAUCCCUGGUCGCUCCUGGGAGUGCAGCCGGAUGCCAGCAAGGCUCAAAUCAAGGCUGCCUUCCGCAAGAAAGCGAUGGCGCACCACCCCGACAUGCAUAGCACUGCGUCCGAGGGCGUGCAGAAAGCGCAUGACGCUGCCUUCAAAGCCCUGAACGAGGCCUACCAGGCGCUCAUGGACGGCUCGCAUCGCUACCGCCAGCGCUCGGCGGGCCGUGGCGGCUUCGCCCAGACCAGCCAUUAUUACAACGCCAGCGCCAGCAGCAGCGGCGGCGCCGGAGGGCAUUACAAUCCCUACUCAUCUUACUACGGCAGCGGCACAGGCAGCCGCUACUCGGGCUGGAGGCAGUACCGGCGCCGCAGCGGCUUUGGGCAUGCCAGAGAUCUCCCUCUGUUUUUGGAGCCAGGCCAUGCUGACCCACUGCUGCUGUGGCUCGCAGACUUUACUGGCCUCUUCCGCUCAUUUGCGGGCAUCAGCCGAGCGGGUGCUGCGGUCACCACCACGCUAGGCCUGCUGCUGGUGGGGGGCGUGCUGCUGCUGGAGCCGCUGACGGGGGCGAUGUGGGAGCGCAAUAACAGCGGGAAACUGUUUAGCAGCAUAGAGGAGGAUUACAAGCGCAGGAAGCAGCAGCAGCAACAAGCUACACUGGCGGCAGCAGUGGCAGCUGCGCAGGAGCGGGUGAUGCAGCAUGCUACAACAGCAGCUGCACAGGAGCAGCCUGAUGCUGACAUGGGGGCUCCCAAGCUAUUCCACGCGAGCGAUGGUUUGCUCAGCCUGUCGUGCCUCAAUGGAGUGCGCGCUCUGGCCAAUGUUUGGGUGUUGGUAGUGCAUUGUUGGACUCUCUGGAGCGUCCUUCUGCCCUACGACGUGUUGCGCCAGCUGGGCAAUCACAGCUGGCUGCCGUGGGUGGCUGUGCAGGGCGCCUGUGGAGCAGACACAUUCCUGGUGCUGUCGGCAGUGCUGGCCACAUACCAUCUGCUGCCGGUGCUGGAGGGCAGCGGCGGCAAAGGCAAUGGCAGCGCCGCUAAGCAGCACGGCAGCAGCUGCCGCCAGGUGGUGCUGAAGUACUGGCGGCGCCGAGCGCUGCGCAUCCUGCCAGCCUAUGCGGUCGCCAACCUGCUGGCGCUAGUAAUGUUCUGGCCCACCAGGCAGCUGCCGCCAUUAGGUAGCCAGGCCCGCGAUGUGUCUUAUGGACGCUGCCCGCAUGCCCUCUGGGCCAAUGUCUUCUUUGUCACCAAUCGGCUCAGCCUUCCACAAACCUGCGGCGGGCAGUUCUGGACCACGUCUAUUGUGGUCCACAUGUACACUGCAUGGCCCUUGCUGCUGUGCGCGCUGCGGCCGCGCGUGCCGGGCUUCCGCGCACGCGUCGCCGUCGCCCUGGCCGCCGCGGUUGCUGCCGGCACCGCAUGGCGCUUCUGGUCUGCCUCGCAAGCCAAAUUCCACCUGCCGGUGGGUGACCGGACGGUCCCCGAGGAGGAAGCCAAUUUGACCAGGAUCCUCGAGACCGUGUACUUUCCAACGCUCAGUCGGUUGGCUGAGCUGGCGAUCGGCGCCGCGCUGGGCCUGCUGCUGCGCUCCCACACUGCCAUCAGCUGGGUGAUGCGCAGGCCCAUGCUGGUGUCCGGCACGGCGUUUGCACUGCAAGGCAUGUACCUGAUUACCGUCAGCGGAGGCAACCUGCACCCCCCGAAAGAUGUGCCCCUGCUGCCGCCCCUCGCCGCGAAACUUGUGGCGACCUUCCUAUUUUACGGCUCCCCCUUCCACGCCUGCCUCGUCAGCGCUACCCUGCUGGCACUGGUCCUGCGCUCCGACCCGCUGCACGCAGCCGCGGCGCGGCUGCUGAGCACCCGCCCCCUUGCGGCGGCUGCUACGCUUUCUUAUUCGGUCUAUUUGCUGCACGAGAUGGUGAAGAUUGGGCUGGUCACGGUGGCCCCCGGCCUGCUGACCGCCUUUCUGGACAAUGCACCGCAGGCGGCGCUGGCAGGCCUCAUAGCCGCCACGCUCGUUGCCAGCUACGCUGUAGGCUACUUGAACUGGCGGCUGGUGGAGCGUCGGUUCUACUAG